UCAACUGUUUAAUACAGGAAGUGACGCGGUGACGUCACGACGUCACCCCGGUUUGAGAAGAUGGCGACGGCCAAGGUGAAGCAGGACAUGCCUCCUCCGGGAGGUUAUGGACCCAUCGAUUACAAGAGAAAUCUUCCGAAACGGGGAUUCUCUGGGUACACAAUGUUUGGAAUCGGUAUUGGCGUCAUGGUUUUGGGAUACUGGCGGUUGUUCAAAUGGAACAGAGAGAGGAGGCGACUGCGGAUCGAAGAGUUGGAGUCGCGGAUAGCACUGCUACCACUGCUACAGGCAGAGAAGGACAGGAGGACGCUGAGAAUUAUGCGGGAGAAUCUGGAAGAGGAGGCGAGGAUAAUGAAAGAUGUUCCUGAUUGGAAGGUUGGAGAGAGCGUCUUCAACACUGACCGCUGGGUCCCUCCCAUCAAUGAGGAGCUGUUCAGCCUCCGGACGGAUGAGAGCCUGGUGCACAAGCGCUUCGGGUUCCACUGGGCCCUGUGAGGCCUCGCUCUGACUCCACACUGCCCCCUGGAGGUCAGGAGGAGGAGCUGCUCUGUGUGGCUUCAGUGCUGUUCAUUGUACAUGUUAAUUAUUAAAAUUUCUUUUCAUUAUUCCUCCCCCCAAA